UAGAGGGCACUGCUGCAGACCAAGGCACCGACAUUUCCUGAAGUUGGUCUGCAUGUCCCCCUGUUACGAGUCCUCUGCCUCAUCCCACCUCAGCUGAACCCCUCAACCUUUAUAGAAAAAGGACACAAGCCCUGAAGUAUCCCACCAGGAGCAUUAUCAUUUAGCCUGAGUCUGGAGCCUGCAGCCAAGAUGGCGCAGGAGUGCGGGGCGUGUGAGGACAUUUCUGGGCGUGUUGGAGGGUUGCACAUCACAGUGCGAAAGCAGUCGGAUGGCCGCGUGCGUCUGGAGUUGUGCAAAACGUGCAAGCUUUACCACUGUCCCUUCUGCCAGGCGUCGGUCUACAAGCCGAAAGCAGAAUAUGCAAAUGUUUGGACACACGUUGAAAUCCACAGAAUGAGGGCCUUGAAACAUGGAGAAUUCAAUAUCCAUGUUUGCCAGCUGAAGUGCAGAAGAGAAAGACAUUUCCACUGUCCGUACUGUCCCAGGACGAUCAUGACCCGGAAACAUUUUGAAAGACACAUGAACAAUUGUGUUGAGAUGCAAAGUUUGACACGUGUUAAGGCUGCAAUUCCGCCCUCGACUCCUGCUCAGCCCGUUUCUGCAGCAGGUCAACGUGUCAUCCUCCUGGUCAACCUCGCUGCCCCUCUUCAGCAAACUGUCGUGAUGGGACAGAAUCCUGCUCCCCCUAAACCCUUUGUUAAAGCAGAGUCCACAUCAGGCCAGCCCCCUGCUCAGCCAAAAUCCACCUCAAGACAACCUCCUGCUUCUUCUGACCUCCUGUUUCACCAACAUCAGGUCACCCCCCUGGUCCAGCUGAACCCCCUGCUCAGCCACAACCAUUGGCAGAUAAGCGCCCUGUUCCACCUCAGCCUCUUGUUACACCUCAGUCAACCUCAGAUAAGUCUCCUACUCCUCAAAAAUCCACACUCGGUCAGUGUCCUUCUCCAGCUGUUGUCCCCCCAGCUACAGCUUUCCAGCCUGCUGGUUUGCCUGACUUACCCGUUCAGCCUACAACUCCAGCAGUCCACUCUGCUUCUCCAACAGAAAACCCUAUGAAGCCACCAGGACAAA